AUGGCAGAUUCGGAAUCGAACUAUAUCGACGAGCAUUCAGCCACCUCAACAACCAUAACAUUCGACCGACCGAUCCCGUUGCUCCGAGGACCAGUUCGGGCUGGCCCACCCGAUGACCCAUCCUCCGGUCCGUACGUCCUGGCGUUUCGAGACCCCGGGACAUGGGCAAACGCGUACAGAGCCUGCGAGUCCAAGAUCAUCGAGCAGUGUGAGGCCGGUGCCAGGAUCGGGUGCGCCAUCAGCGCAUCGGACAAGUGUAAGCCCCCGUGGUGGCGAGCUCUGAUUGGUCCGAAAGCACCGGACUUGAAGGAGAGGGAGCAGUGCGAAGAGAGAGAAAUGGAGGGGUGUUUGUCUGCGGCGAAAGAUAAGUGCGUCGGGUUCGCGAAGGAGAAGUGCUUGAAGCCCUUUAGAGACGCGAGAAUUGCUGGCCUUCAUGUAAAGCAGGCUGAGAGGUUGGUUUGCUGGGCAACUGUAAUGGAUCGGAGCACGUGGCUCAGUUUGAUUGGAUUGGACAAAUUGGGUUAUUUGGGUUCGGGUAAUUAUGGAUUUGGAGCAACAAAUUAUAGGGCUAGUGAGUUAUUUGGUUCUGAUUGUGACUUUGAUCUUGUUUUGGGUAGUAGCAACGGGAUAUUGAAGGUGUGA